GAUGGUAAUGUAUUACAAAUGAAGAACAAAAUGCGCACACACGUGUGAAAUGUGCGACUAUGUGUUGUUUAUUCAUUUGACAAGUGCGUUAAUGUGAAAUUUUGCGGGCUAAGACGUAAAAAUGAGCGAUUUGCCAUCCGAAGACGUUCUCACGAAAUUAAAACAAAACUUUGGGCACGAUGGGUUUAAAAGUGACUUGCAGAUGCAAGCGACACUCGCUGUCAUUAAAAGAAAAGCAGAUGUUUUCAUAUCAAUGCCAACGGGAGCUGGAAAAUCUUUAUGUUUUCAGCUACCUGCUGUGAUUCAAGAUGGGAAAGUGGCUGUAGUUUUCUCGCCUUUGUUGGCUCUGAUGAAGGAUCAGAUAGAUCAUCUCCAGAAGUUUGGAAUAACUUCAGAUACAAUAAAUUCUAAGAUGGGCGUAAAGGAACGAACUAGAGUUAUUUCAGACUUGCGUAGUAAGCAGCCUAAUAUUCGUCUUUUAUAUGUAACUCCUGAGCAAGCAAGCACAGACACAUUCAAGAACUUGCUUGAAGAGCUUCAUAAGUACAAUAAAUUGUCCUACAUCGUUGUUGAUGAAGCACAUUGUGUUAGUCAGUGGGGACACGAUUUUCGCCCAGAUUUUCUCAAACUUGGUCAAAUUCGAGUGAGGUAUCCGGAUGUUCCGUGGGUAGCAUUAACUGCUACUGCAAGUGCUGCAGUUGUAGAAGACAUAAUAUCAAACUUGAGACUUAAAAAACCUGUUGAUAAGUAUAAGACACCAUGCUUUCGAUCUAAUUUAUUUUAUGAUGUUGUAUUUAAAGAAUUAAUGGAAGAUCCUGUCGAAAAUUUGAAAGAUUUUGCGCAAGAUUGUUUAGAUAGUGAGGCUACAAAAGGUUGUGGAAUAAUAUAUUGCCGAACACGUGAUUCAACUGAAGAGGUUGCGCAGGACCUUUGCAGGAAAGGAAUUAAAGCUGCUGCAUACCAUGCAGGCUUGAGGGAAUCAGAAAGAAUUAAAAUUCAAGAGGAAUGGAUGAGUGGAAAAUACCCAAUUAUUACUGCAACUGUCAGUUUUGGUAUGGGAGUAGAUAAGAGUACUGUAAGAUGCCGCCAUGGUGUUUUCUCAUUGUACUUUGGUGAUAAUCUUCCACAGUGUAACAAGAAAUGUGAUGUUUGUAAAAAUCCAACUGCCGUUGAAAAAUCUAUUGAAAAUUUCUACUCAGCAAUUGUUACCGGUUCAAGAUUUUCAAUUUCUGGGAAUGAUUAUGAUAAUGAUCUGUAUGGAGGAGGUCGAGUUGGACAAAAACGGGAAUGCUCAGAUUAUGAUGGGAAUGAAGAAGGUGAUGAUGGAGAGAACCUAUCCAAUAAACACAAAAAAGAAAUGGAUUCAUUUAUAAAAAAGCAGUUCUCUCUUCGUCGUGCAUCAUCUCUGGAAGAAGAGACAGAUGUAGCAGCUGAGUAUGCAAGAGUUAAAGCUGCUUCUAGCACUAGUGUGAAAGUCACUGGGUUAACUGUGGCAAUGCGUGAAACAUAUUUGGGGCUAUUUAUUGAAGCCCUGAAAAGGAAUUUGGAAAAAUGUCAAGUUAUAGAUCCUCCAUUAAACAAACUUCAAGAUAAGGAUGUCGAAGAAUGUGCUAUAGCUUUAGAGUAUGAAAUAUUUUCUUCUAAUAAGGUAAUCAGCUUAUAUAGAAGAGGCAUUGCAAAGAAAACUGCAGAUAUUAAAAAGGAAACUGGCAUAUUGACUUUGAAUGAUUGUCUGAAACGGUAUGUUCCUAAAUCGUCAUCACUGCGAGAUGCAGUGAAAGAGAUAGAACUUAGUCGUGAAGCUAAAUCGAAAGUAAAAGUAGAAGGUUGUGGCAUUGUAACAGCCUCUCAAUUAUUGAAUUCAUACCAGCAAGAAAAUAAUGAAAGUACUUCCCGAAAGAGUAAAAGGGAAUCUCACUAUAAACUGAAACCAAAGUUCAGCUUCAAAAAGGACCCUUUAGUGCAGAAGUCUGUUGAUUCAUUUUUUCAAGUAUCUGCUAUUCAUAGAACUGAAGGUGAUAAAAAUAGUAGGGACAGGGACCAUGAUGCAGUUCCUCAAAGUACUUCAUUGUCUUCUGAAGGGUGCACUCUUUCAAGUGUUGACCAGUGUGUUAUAAUAUCAGAUGAUGAUUGUGCAAAGAAGUGUAGUCCACGUGACAAGGAAUUAAGUCCUCAAGAGGAAAAAAAAUUGUCACUUGUUGAGAUCGAGAAAACAGUCUGCAAAAAGUCUGUAACAGAAGAAUCACGUGAAAUAGAAGAAAACAGUGUGGUAAAUGAUUUCAAGAAGCAGAAGAAGAAGAAGCCGGUUGAAAGUAAAGAAUUUUCACAUAAAGAGCAGUCUGAUAUAGUUGGAGAACAAAAGCCUUCUAAAAUUGUUGUACUGCAUGACCCAGAAAUGAAGACCAAUGUUAAAACAAAGAAAAGAAAAAUACAAAAAGAUCUAUUUGGAGAUAGCGAUAAUAGUGAUGAUGGAUUACAGUCACGUAAACAACUGAAGAAGGAUAUUAGUUCACAUAAGAGUGAAAUGGCAGAUUCAGAACCAACCCGUAAGAAAUCUGAUGCUCAAAUUGUGCACAAGCUGGGAAAAUCUUCUAAUCAUGUCUUGGAUUCAGAGUCAUCAUCAAAAAGUAAACAAGAUUUAUCAAAAUCUGAACUCGAAAAUUCUUCUUCUUUUGGAAAAGAUAGACAGGAUGUUGCAGAAAAAGUUGUUAAGCAUUUAAUGCCCUUCUACAGAAAGAAGAGAAUAGUUUCAAAAGAACUUUUCAAGUGUUUGGCACGGGUUAUAGCUCACAAAUUACUAGAGAAUGAGAAAUGUACAGGUGAUCAUGUUGUUCAAAAGUACGUUGGUGAAUUUUUUCACAAUUGUAAAAUAGUUGACAACAAAAGUGAAAUAGACGUUACAAUUUUACGAAUUGACAGUCUUAUUACACGGUGAGGUAAAAAUGACUGUUGAGUGUAAUUACGGAUAUUGUUUAUGAUCAAUUUGUUAAGUGGAUGUGAUUGUGUAAAUAGUAAUUUAAUCAUGUUAAUUUAAUAUUGUUGAGUUAUUGUCUCUAGGGUCAGCUUUCCUGACUUCUUCAGAUAUUCCCAAAAAAUCAAUAAUUUGUUUUCAUUUUUAAGUUUGUUCUGAAAACAUGGUGGAUUUAGACUGACUUCCUUAACUAUUGUCAUUUUAUGAAAAUUUUGGUCAUCAUACGAUCAGGUAUUUUUUUUUUAUCAACAUUUUUUCAGGCUUGUGAAUGGUGGAGUUUAAUUUUGAUGAUUUUAGAUUUUUGGGGCGGAAAAGAGUGCUCUUGUAAGGGAAUGCGAGCGACAUGGCUCACAAACCUUCACCUCUCUGAAGCACACAUUUAAGGGUAAAUGCAUGCACAAGUAACUAAGCUACAAGUAUUACUUGAUGCAACAGAUAUUACAUCUGAGUUGUUCAUCAACUUUUUCUUGAAAUAGUGUUUUUCUUUUCAUGGUAUUUGGCUGAAAGACAGUGAGAACCUUAAAAUUAUGGUUCUAAAAUCACUAAAUAGUUCUGCAGAAAUAGAGAUAAUUGCAGUUAAAAUAAUGAGAAGUAAUUGGUUUAUAAUAUUGUAAUUUGGAAUAAGAUUCAAAUUAAAUUAAAUUUAAUUAAAAUAAAUUUUUAACAAAUAGUGCUUCUAACUGCUAAAGUUUCUUUCAAAAGUACUAUUUACAGGCCUAAUAUAAUCCAGCCAAGAGUACAUUUUUUGAAGCAUAAUGCUAAAUGAUUUAUGUAAUUAUCCUACAGAAAAAAACUACUCUAAUUUUUACUUAAUUUUUGUAUGUUUUUUUAGUGACAGAUGUUUGAGAAAAUCUUUAAAUGUGGCAAUCUUGAGUUUCAAGACCUUCAAAAUGUUGUAAAGGUUAUCUCCAAGCUUUUAAUCCAAGACAGUAAAGCUAACAGUUGUUUGAUUUUGCACCAAGUGGUCAGUAGGUCACCAAAUGAACAACCACCUGCAUGUCCACACUAUUUUUAUAGUCUUCAAUGACUAAUUCUAUGGAAAUAUGAUCAAAUGAUAUAAGUUAAAAACUAAAACAAGAUGUGUAACAUUUGUUCUUUGAGAGAUUCUAAUGUAAGUAGGCCCACUUAAGGCAAAAUUUAUAAUUGUAUGAUUGAAAGCUUCACAUUUGCAAAUCAUGCAAAAGCAUGCUGCAAAUCUAUGGCAACUACCUAACCAUAAGAACCAUAGGCACCAUAAGAAGGUUGAUAGUGAGGGAAGGGUUUUUAUUGAUGCUUCCUCAGACGAGCUGCAGGUACAAAAAGAAAAGAAUGAGGAGUGAACAAGUUGAAUGUCUGAAAUUUUCUCCACUGAUGUUAGAGAAAAUUUCAAAGAGACAACUCAUGACCUGUGGGUGGGCAGAAAAUCUCAAGGUUCUGUGAAAUGGCAACUGAGUGAAAAAAAAUAACAAAGAAAGUAAAAUUGGUCAAAACCAGGGAGAAAUAAACAUUUUUCAGUACUCUAAAAGAGAGCUAGAAAAUUCCUCGUUAUUCCUGGAAUAAUAUAAAGAUGUGGUGCCAAAAGAUUGAAGUUGCGAUCGAAUACUGGCAUAAGCAGAUCAUUGUACUUUGCCCAAUAUAAUCUAUGACUUUUAGAAACAUGCCUAAUUAAGCAUCCAAUCUACAUUUUGAUGGUCUUGAGAACCCUAGUUGUAUGUUUGAAAGAGGUCAACUCUUAUUGGAAUGUUUUGCGAAAGACAUUGAGAGCAGAAUACCAAAGAUAAAUAUUUUCCCCAAAUAUUUGCAAGUUAGAAGGAAAAAAUUUGAAAGAUAUAAUGAAACAUUUUUGUGAUAUGGUUUUUGUUUUGUUUUGUGGAUUUUCUGAGAUUUGAGUGGAAAGCAAUUUCUACAUUGUAGAAUAUAAAACUUUGUUGGUGUACCUGUGCUUUUAUCAAGUCAAAUGCUGAAAUUGUAAUUAUUAUUUCGUAUUCCUACAUAUGCAACUCGUAGGAAUUGUUGGGAUAUAAGUGUGAAAAAAUAUAGUGACUUGCAUUAUCAAUGCUUUCUUAAAAUUUAAUCUUUGCCCCUUUUUAUUGAAUUUCAAGUAGGUUUUAUUGUUUUACUACAUAAAAUGGAAAUUAUGGAAUUUAUUGUUUACAGUUCAUUGACAUGGUGCAGGGUAGCUGGAAAUUCUGUAUUUUUUUCAUAUUAAUUUUCUUUGUUUGUUGCCUUUUUCUUGGUAUUAAUGAGAUACCUCU